AUGGAGUAUGAUGAUGAUGAUGAUGAUGAUGAUGAUGUGAAUGAAAGAAAUGAUCAAGAUGAUCAAUAUGUUGAAGACGGAGGAAAUUCUAUUCAUCAUGUUGAUGCUAGGCUCUACACCCAACCAUCAUUUCAAGAUCUACUUUCACAAUUUGGUUCACCACCGAGCUUCACUCAAUUGGUUCAACCAUCUCAACAGCAUCCUUAUGAUGAAGCCCCUAUACCUUCAAAGAAAAGUUGGGAUUUGAUUGAAGAUAUUGCUUUUAUAUAUUCAGUCAUGAACACAAGUACAGAUCCAAUUGUAAGCACCAACCAAAAGAUAAGAGUGAGGUGGCAAAAAGUUAAGGAAGCUUAUGAAGCAGCGAGGAUGGAACAACCCCAUCUGAUCCCACGAAGAACCACCGACAUGCUUAAAUGUCGUUGGGGUAGAGUUGCUCCAGCAUGUUUGAAGUGGUCUGGAAGUUAUGACGAAGCUCUUAGGAGGAAGAAGAGUGGCACGACAGACGAAGAUAUGCUUAAAGAAGUGCAUUUAAUCCAUCAAAGAAAACACGGUAACUUAAACUUGAUUGAGCAAUGGAAAAUUUUAAGAAAGUAUAACAAGUGGAAGCAAGUGGUAAAAAGUAAUCAAAAAAACAAUUGUAUCAACAACCAACUGGUGGUGUUAGUAGUGAAAGUAGUGGGAAAAGAUCAAGGACGGACGAAGAUUCUGAAACACCAAUAA